UGUACAUUCUUUCUGUAAAAUUUUAAUGGCAUCUGAUACUAGCACCCAUGGAGGGUUUUCUGUUCUUCGGAAGCAUGCCAACGAAUGCCUGCCACAAUUGGACAUGACCCAGUCAACCCCAACCCAGGAUUUGGUUGCCAAAGAUCUUCAUGGGCAUGAGUGGCGAUUUAAGCAUAUAUUCAGAGGUCAACCUCGAAGACAUUUGCUUACGACAGGCUGGAGUACUUUUGUGACUUCCAAAAGAUUAGUUGUAGGGGAUGCUUUUGUUUUCCUGAGGUAUUCGAUACUUGAUUUUUAAUUGGUUUAGUUAUGUGAUUGCCAAGGAACUAUAAGGUAUUUUUAUUCUAGGAUUGCCAAAAGGUUUACAAAAUAAUAAGUUGAAAUUUGUGGUUAGCUCUGUACUUAUUCUAUAGUUGAUCCUUUAGCUAUUGGUUGACUU